GGGAGCUGCGAAGGUCUUCCGCGGGGGAAGAAAAGGAGCAGAGAAGGAAGCGGUACUAAAAGCUUCGACCUUCGCGACCUCGCCGGCUCCUGAUUUUCAACCGAUGGACAUGAAGUCGAGCGUGAGUUCUGUGGACAGUUCCAGCUUCUUCUCCACAGGGAGCAGCCGGAGUAGCCUCAGGGAGAUCGAGGAGGACCCGCAGACGCCGGAGACCGCGCCCUCGAAGAAGGAGGGGGAAAACGGCGAGGACGACAAGAUUCACGUUGCGGUCGAAAAGGACUUUAAGCUGAGCAAGGCUAACCUUGUCUGGGUGCUCAAGAACACCCCCAGGACGAAGAAGAUCGUCAUCGUCCACGUCCAUGUCCCCGCCCAAAUGAUCCCCAUGUUGGGAGCAUGGUUUCCGGCAGAUCAAUUGAAGUCACAGGAGGUAAGUGCAUAUCGGCAGAUUGAGAAGGCAAAGAUGGAAAAAGCAGUGAAUGAAUAUGUUAAAAGAUGUUCGAUCAUAAAGGAGGUGCAAGCUGAAAAGCUAGUGAUCGAGGCAGAUGAUGUCUGUCAAGGGCUAGUACAACUCAUUGCUCAGCAUAAGAUUACCAACCUUGUUAUGGGAGCAGCAGCAGACAAAAAAUUUUCGAAGAAAAUGAAGGAGCCAAUGUCAAAGAAAGCGCUCCUUGUGCAAGAGCAGGCUGAUCCAUCAUGUAAUCUCUGGUUUGUUUGCAAAGGGAACCUGAUUUGCACAAGGGAAGCUAGUCCCACUGGAACUGGUAAAAUGCAGACAACCAGAGUCAUCCCAAGAGCUGUAACUGCACAAUCUGAAAGAUCGAAUUCAAAAACCCCACCUAGUUUCCUGGGUCAGUUAUUUAAUUUCUUCCCAAACACUUCCCAAGAAAAAUUCAGGCAUCAGUCAGUAUCUGCUACUUCUGGUUUGUCAAUGCCAGAUUUAUCUCAUGGAGGCUCUGGUGAGUCAAGUUCAGGGAGCAGAGAGGGGAUUGUCAUUGAUCUUUGGGAUGGGAUUUCAAGGAGUUCUCAGAGUUCAGCAUACUCGAUGCAUUCAGUGAAUGAUGAGGUGCUGAGCAGCACAAGUUCAAUGCAAGUUGUAAGGGAUGAGAUAAAUGGAGGAACAUUGGUUUUGCCAUCUUCGCAUGAUUCUGAAGAUAGGCAUCAAUCUUCGACUCUAAAUCAUAAUAUGGAAGAUGCUGGCUUAGAUGAUGAAUUGUACAAAGAUCUGCAGCAUGCUGUCAAAGAGGCAAAUAACUUAACUCGUGAAGCUUAUGAAGAGGCUCUUAGGCGUCGAAAAGCUGAAAGAGAUUUGCAUGAUGCUGCUCAAAAGGUGAAAACAGCUGAAGAUUUAUAUACCACAGAGAAGAAGCAGAGGAAAGAAAUAGAGGAAAGGCUUUCUAAAGAAAAGAGAGAAAUGGAAGAGCUUAGGAAACAACAGAAUGAGAUGUUUGAAGCACUCCAAAAGGCAGACAAGCAAAAAGCCACAUUGGAACAACAAGUUAUGGAUUCCAACCGCAUCAUCAGGGACCUAGAAAAUAAACUAUCAGAUGCUCAUUAUCUCCUCAUUUCUCUUCAAAGCGAGUAUGUUGAAUUGCGGAGGGAGCGAGAUGAUGCAGUUAAAAAAGCUGAAGAGUUGCAUCAGAAGUUAGAAGAGAUGGCUACAAGCAUUCAAGGUGAAGAGAGCUUCUUCGAGUUCUCCUACUCAGAGUUGGAGAAAGCAACUAACAGCUUUGAUGAUUCAUUAAAGAUCGGAGAAGGUGGAUAUGGAAGUGUAUAUAAGGGAACACUUGGCCAGAAGACAGUGGCCAUAAAGAAGUUGAAUUCUGAAGGCAUGCAAGGACAAAAGGAGUUUCAUAAAGAGAUAAAUGUUCUCAGUAAGCUGAGGCAUCCAAACCUUGUCAACCUCAUCGGAACAUGUGUAGAAGCCUGGGCUCUGGUUUAUGCUUUUUUUCCCAAUGGAAGCUUGGAAGAUCGACUAACUUGCAAGGACAAUACACCACCUCUCACUUGGCAAAUCCGCAUCAGAGUCGCUGCUGAGAUCUGCUCCGCUCUGAAUUUCCUCCACUCUAACAAGCAUCUCAGUGUAGUCCAUGGAGAUCUUAAGCCUGCUAACAUUCUCCUUGAUGCAAAUUUUGUUAGCAAGCUUGGUGACUUUGGCAUCUGUCGUCUUGUCCAGUCCAACAACAAUACCACUCUCUAUCGCUGCACUCAUGCCAUGGGAACUUUUGUGUACAUGGAUCCUGAAUUCCUUGCUUCUGGAGAAAUCACACCACUCUCAGAUAUUUAUUCCUUUGGCAUCAUUCUUCUACGCCUUUUGACAGGGAGAUCUCCAUUUGGAAUUAACAGAGCAGUUCAACAAGCAUUAAAUAAGGGAUGCUUGUCUGAUAUACUAGAUGCUUCAGCAGGAAACUGGCCUUAUGCGGAGGCCAAGCAGCUGGCAUGCUUGGGUUUGAGGUGCUGUGAGAUCACAAGAAGAAGCCGUCCAGAUGCUGGAGAGGCCUGGAAUUUGCUUGAGCCCUUGGUGAAGUCUGUAUCAUUACCGGAGUUGUCAUUGAAGUCAUCACCAUAGUUGCAUUCUUCCUCCAUCUAUCAAAUACACUAGGAGAAUAUGAGAGGCUUGUGGGACAAAUAGUUGGAUAACAUGCAAAGAGGAUUGAAACUGAUGUGCUUGCAAUGGCAUAACAACAUGUAUCGUGGGCUUCACUGUUUCAAGAUUAUUCUCGACAAUGGCUUUGGAGCAAGCGAGUUGGCUUUUCUCCAUUGUGUUCAUCUUUCUUUCUCUAAAAUGUGGUUUAUUAUGUAAUUGCUGUUAAUGAGCAUGCAUCUGAUUUGUGAUCAAUACUAUCACGAACAAAUUGUAUGUUUGUGCAUCUGUAUCUUGAUAUGCACAUAAAUAUUGUAGUGUUGAAUUGAAACCAAAAUAACAUACA